AUGCCUAUGGAUUUAAGUUUAGAAAUAAGGAUUGAAUGGUUAACAGAGUCGAACGCCUUACUAAAAUCUGAUGAUAACCAAAACGCUAAGGCAACAUUACCAAACACACAUUACGCUGAAGCUUCUGUAGAAAGUUUGGAACAGUCUUCUGAAUAUAAGACUGCAAGGGACGCUUUGCCGUUAAAUGACCGGUUGGCCACGGCCACUGAAGCGUCCGAGGAAUUAGAGCAGAUUAAAAACAUACUAAUAGAAGAAAAGCAACAUGUCAUAACCAAAUGUCAACAAUAUUACGAAGAAAUAAGACUUUUAGCAGUAACUGAAAAUAGCCCACUAACAAGGGCCAGAAAUAAAAAAUUAAGAUUGUGUUUGUCCAAAUGUCAAGAUUUAAAAAUUUUUAUAGAAGAUCUGGAAAGUGGUCCUGAGACUGCAGAGGACGCUUUGCCGUCUACGGCAGAAAUGGAAUUAGAGCGGUUACAUGAAGAAAUUAAAGAUAAAAAGAGAAAUUUACAAAGGACAAUUGAAGCGGACAGACAACAAUUAUAUGGCAACCAUGGCGUGAACAAAAAAAGGAUAAAUAGGAGUAUUUCAAGAAACCUCGUUAUCAGAUCAUUUUUAGUUCAUCUUAAAGAUCGUAUCCAGAAACGAAGUAUCAGAGAGCCACGGCCAGGACUAUUCGAGUGUUAGGCCCAUUUACAUAACAUAUUGGACAUCAACAUCAACCAUCAUCAUGAACGACACAUUACCAGACUAGGCCCGCAACAGUAGUGAUCCUGGUGAAUAACACCAACCACAAUUAUUAUGUCA